AUUAAUUUCAAGGGCUUGUUCGAAGGAGGAGGUGCAGAAUUCAUGGAUGAUCUUCGAGUCCUUCUCGUGACUUUUCCGGGCCAAGGCUUCAUCAACCCAUCUCUCCAAUUGGCCAAGCGCCUCGCAGCGAUGGGCCUCACCGUCACUUUCGUCACCGCCGCCUCCGCCCUCAAUCGCAUGGCCAAAGCCACCGCCACUCCACCGGCGGGCUUGACCUUCGCCCCCUUAUCCGACACCGACUUGGACCUCGACGGCGAUUUCGAAACCUACGUGACUGAGCUCCAGCGUCCGGGGUCGGAGGCCGUGGCCGAGAUCAUCACAUCCGCCGCCGGCAGGGGCCAGCCUUUUAACCUCGUCGUCUACACCUUGCUCCUCCCAUGGGUGGGCCAAAUCGCCGGUUCUCUUAAUCUUCCGUCGACAUUUUUCUGGGUUCAACCCGCUGCCCUCUUUGGCCUUUACUACCAUUACUUGUACGGUUACGGGGACGCCAUUAGAGAGAUUAUCAGUGACCCUUCACUGUUCGUCGACUUACCAGGAUUACCUCGCCUCCAUAACCGUGAUCUUCCCUCUUUCAUACAAGCUUCAAACGUCAAUAGCGGUCCAGUUCCACUAGUUCGAGAGCAUCUAGGUGCUGUUGCCACAGAAAGAAACCCUAAAAUUCUUGUCAACUCAUUCGAUGCAUUGGAACCGGAGGCGCUCAGAGUGAUCGAGAACAUCGAUUUUGUCGCCGUCGGACCGUUAAUCCCGUCGGCUUUCUUGGACGGCAAGGAUCCGUCUGACACUUCAUUUGGAGGAGACCUCUUUCACAAUAAAUUAGAAAACUACAUGGAAUGGCUGAAUUCAAAGCCCAGGGAAUCCGUUGUUUACGUGUCGUUCGGAAGCCUCGUGGUGCUAUCGGAUCAGCAGAAGGAGGAACUUGCUCGAGGGCUGCUGGAGAGCCGCCGGCCGUUCUUGUGGGUGAUGAGAGGAUCGGAAAAAGGCGAGAAGCUGAGCAGAAAGGAGGAACUGGAAGAGCUUGGGAUGAUGGUGCCAUGGUGCUCCCAGGUGGAGGUUCUGCAACACCCAUCGUUGGGAUGCUUCGUGAGCCACUGCGGCUGGAAUUCAACCGUUGAGAGCUUGGUUUCCGGCGUCCCGGUGGUGGGUUUUCCACAGUGGUCCGACCAGGCGACGAACGCGAAGCUUGUUGAAGAUGUUUGGAUGACGGGAAAAACAGUGGGAAAGAACGAGGAAGGGGUAGCUGAAAGCGGGGAGAUCAAGAGAUGCAUAGAAAUGGUGAUGGAAGGAGAGGAGAUGAGAAGGAAUGCCAAGAAGUGGAAAGAUUUGGCUAAGGAAGCUGCCAUAGAAGGUGGGUCGUCGGACUUGAAUCUCAAGGCGUUUGUCGCCCAUGUGAAGGCUGAGAUUCGAGGCUGAAUCAUUUUCCCGGAAAAUGGCCGAGAAUUUCUUCUCGUUUUGCUUGGAAAUUUUCGUGAAAAAAUAAGGGUGGGUUUGAUUGGAAUGGUGAAAUUUGGAUCGAAAGAAAAUGAAUUUUAAAAAAAUUGAAUUUUUGAAAAUUAAAAGUUUAAAUUGUUUGAUUGGUAUAAUUUUUUACUUGAAAAAUGAUGUUAUUUUCUAUCUUUUGGUGUUUGAUUAGUAAUAUUUUUCAUAGAAUUUGAUUAUUUUUCUAACAUUUCGUGUUUGAUAGGCAUUAUUUUUCAUAAAAAAUGACACAUUUUUUAUGGAAUUCAAUGAUGAAAAUGUAUUAAAAAAUACUUAAUUUUAUACAAAAAAAAAUCAAAAUAAUAACGGAUUUUAAGUUAACUAAAUUAUUUUUUCAAAGAAAUGAAACUACAAAAUUAAUUUUUUUUUAUUUUCCAAACUUAUUAAUUUAUAUGUGAUUUUUUAUUUUUUUUCUAUACAUUUUCUUUUCCAUGGGUACUUUUGUUCAGCUCCACUAAUAAGCCUAAGUACUGCAAGUAAUUUUGAGAACUUUUGGAAACAAAAUUAUGAGUGCCCAAGCCUAAACAGUGGAAGAAUGGCGCACAGUUUGUUUCAAUUGCCUGAAAAAUCAGAGCUCCCUCUCUCAAGGGAUUUCAUUUCCUUGAUUUAAAGGAAAAAGGUAUCACAUGAGGAGAAAUGGGAAAAUGAGUUCUCUGAAAAAAAAAAAUAGUUAUCAAACAGUACAAAGGUGAAAAAUUAAAUGGAAAAAAAAUGACUAUCAAACAGAGCCUAAAUGUUAUUUAAGGCUAUGUUUGUUUUGUGUUUGGGUAUAAAA